AAAGCUCUCGGUGCAUAAGCUUAGACGUGCCAGUGGCCAGUACUUUUUCAUUCUUAAUUCUUAUCGUUUACCAGAGCAUCGAAAUGGUACUUCAGGUGUGAAUAAGCGUGUUACGGAUGAAAAUGAUAAAAUGGAACUACCCGAGGUGAACGUCCAAUGUAAAUAUUUACCGAACAUCAACGACGAUGUCGCUUACGGAGGAAGUUCGAAACUCUUCAAUAAAGCCUACGAAAUAGACGGAUUCGUUUUCACAGAGGAACCUUUUAGAAAAGAAGAUCUUUUGCAAGAGUUCGAGAUCCAAACUGUUAGAGAGAAUACAAAGUUCAAUGACACAGGUGAGCGAUCCAACGUCCUACGUUUUGCCAUCCAAGAGACGCCGCAUGGAAUUAUAAUAAAUUCAAAUAUACUCGUAACGGACAACAAUUACCACACGAUAAUAAGCGACCAGGGGAAGUGUAUAGUCUGCGGUAGGCAAACGGAAAACCCAGGAGAACAUAUAAAAUUAGACACGCAUAAGGCUAAUUUAGAAAAAUAUAAACCGUUAAACGAAUACGAUGGCGUCAUCAGAAAGAUCGACGAGGAAUACUAUUGCUCUGUAUGCAAUAGGAUAUUUAAGAAAACUCUAAUUGACGAACAUUACAACGGCAAAGAUCACGAAGACAAAACGCUAUACGCGAUCAACAGAGCGUCGGAUGUUUUGAAUAAUUUCAAUUUAAAUAACGAUGAAAAUAAAGCUACUGUUUAUCAUUUCGAUAGAAAUAACAUUGCUUGUGACGCGAGCGACGAAACUUGCAGCGUUGACGACCGUUACGUAAAAAAUAACGUUACAAAAAAUAACGUUAUUAGUAACGUUAGCGAAAACAGCAGCGAUAACGGUAGCGACAGUUCGUCUAGGAAGCUAUCCUAUGCAUCCAUUGCUAAGACUCCUUCUACACCUAAAUAUAUAGAUAUAAUUUUGAACGGUGAAAAUGUUCAAGUGAAAUUUGACGCGUGGCACAUGAUACUGACUACGAGACGAAACGAAUUCACAUGUAUGGUCUGCGUGGGUUUCUACCACGUCAGUCAAAAGGCUAAGCAUUGUUCGGACCAAACGCAUUUGGAUAAACUCAGCAAAUGUGAAAACGUCAAGAAAUAUCCGAAGCAUAUUAUUAGGAAGAUAAACGAAAGAUUUUAUCACUGUGGUAACUGCAACCAAUUGCAAUUAUGUACUGAUAUCGACGACCAUGUAGAUGUCGUUCAUUUAAAGAAACAAAAACCAACACAAAAUAACGUUACCCAAACAAAUGUAAAUAACGAAAACCAUGUCGUUAAAAAUAACGUUAUCUCAAGAAACGAUAGAGUUAUAUUCAAUGAGUCGAAUCAAAAUGAAAAUCAGAUGCCGUUGAAUCAGAACGCAUCGACGAUUCUAUCGUGUUAUUAUAUAUAUGUUAAUCAAUUCUACUUGACAUUAAGGGUAUCAUUGAUAUCGUAUAACAUGGUUUACAAGCGGCCGAAUGAUUACUAUUGUUUCAAAUGUAACUGCAUUUUACCGGAACUCGGUAUGAGGCGCCAUAUUCAUGAGCAAAGUCACAUUGAAAAGCUGGCUUUCACGCCAUUCGAACCAUAUUUUGGUGUAAACCUGAUAAGAUUGGUUAAUCAAAGCGCUCAUUGCACGAUAUGCAAUAUCAUGUUCAACGUACCAUUGAUCACUGCUCACAUAAACGACCAAAUGCACCGAAUAUUACUAAACCAAGCCCUCACAGUACCGUACAAUGUAAUCACACCAUCGAUGCCACCGUCAAUGCCACCAAUCGACGCUGCUACGAAUCAAAUACCAAUCGAAUCAACGUCUGUGAUUCAUUCGAAAAUGGAAUUACAAGAAACGAAAAAAAAUAUCGAAAGCAACGAAAAAAAAACGAGCGAUGAUUUGAAAAUAGAAUCUUAUAACGGCGAAUUCGUUUAUCUGAAAUAUAAGAACACAUACGCGAAAGUGACAUUCAAUGCGUAUAAUAGCUUGUUGUGCAUUGGCGAUGGUUCAUGGUAUUGCUUUAUCUGUGCCCAAGUUGUCUUUGGUUUGUUGAAAGAUCAUAUUGAAAGUCCGGAACACGUGCUUCGUUUGAAAGAAUUUAAAUUCAUCGAUAAACAUGUCAAACAUUUGCUGAGACAGAUCAACACGACAUACCACUGCUGUAAUUGCAACGUAUUAGUCACGAAAGACGAUUUACCCGCUCACUUGACGUGGCAAGCAUUCCACGAGACGAAAAUCGAUAAGAAACAAAGGAAAAUCGAUUUAAAAUCGGGAAUAAAGCAAAUCGAUAUCGAAUUGAAGAAGGAAUCCUUUUAUAUGUCAAACAAUGAAUCGGAUAUCGUUAUAUUGACUCGUAUCGAUGUUAAACCUAGUAAAAAUAUUUAUUUGAAGAAGACAAAUAAAAUUAUUAUUUAUAAUAACAAAGCGGUGAAAGUCAGCUGGGACGCUUGGCAGAGUAUUUAUAAAAAAAUCGACGGCUACCGUUGUUAUAUGUGUCAGGCGGACGUGAAGAAUUACGAAAUUAACACACACAUAUCCGACGAUAAGCACAUUUAUUUAAUAGAAAAUACAUUCGAAAGAAAUUAUUUGCCACAUCUUCUUCGAAAGGUCAACGAGAACAUUUUAAACUGUCUCACUUGCGACAUGCUCGUAUCAAGUAAAGAACAUAUUAUAUCGAAACAUAUAAAUGGGAAAAAACAUAAGAAUAUCAAUAGUAGUUUAAACGUUAAUUGUGCCAAUAUACCUGACUCCAAUGAAGUCAUUUUUAAACUAUAAAAAAAAAAGUCAAAACGUCAUUUUUUUAUUUGGCGGGAAACGUAAUCGAAUCGAAAAUAAAUAAAAUUGUCAAGAGCAUCGAAUAUGUGUGAAAUCUCUUAUGUGUAAUUUAUUUAAACACACGCACACACAUAUUAAAAGAUAAAGUUCAAAGACACGAUUUAUAUUUAUUAUUGUAUUCCAAAUAUAAUUUACACUUUAAUUAUAAAUCAUAAAUAAAUUUCUCAAUAUUUAUAAACUAAAAUAUUUUCUUAUUUUUUUUUUAUCGUAUUCAUUUGUCAAUAGCGCAAAUGUCGUAGACUUGAUGACACGGUCGUUUUAUACACGAUUAUUUAUAGUUAUUAGGUGAUAUUCUUGGUCUGUUAUUAAAUAUAAGUUAGAACUACUCGAUUAAACUGAAACCAAAUAUUAAUACACCACCUAGAGAACUGAGAUGUUAAGUUAAGGCUGUAGUCACUGCUCACACAACCUUCAAACUUAUUGUAUUGUCGCUUUAACGACCUCCGUGGUCGAGUAGUGUGUACGCCGGUUUUCAUGGGUACGCCACUCCGAGUCGACGUAGAAAAAGUUCAUUAGUUUUCUACGUUGUCAUGAGUCUGGGUGUAUGUACCGUGUGAUAUUCUACACACAAGUGCUUAAGCUACUUACAUCGGGAUCAGAGUAAUGUAUGUGAUGUUGUCCAAUAUU